AUGGAUAUUCACAGUAAUUGUCAUCUUUUGCUGUCUUCUGCAAAUAGAUUACUUGAACAAGGCUUUGGACACCUUAAACACUGCUGUCUGCUGUUGUAUGUCCUGUUUGCAACAUUCACCAUUAUUGCCAGCAUGAUCAUGUUUAAGGAAAGUUUUCUUAAAACUAUAAAUGCAUCGAGCAAUUCCAGCAGCAUCUCUACUAUGCCCCGAAUUCUACUCUCUUCCAAAUUUGAGCUUUGGGAUCUCAACACUGAUUGUUGCUCUUGGGAAGGAGUUACCUGUGGUGAUGCCAUUGGUCCUGUCAUUGGACUUGAUCCAAGAUAUAACAAAUUUAAAGGAUCAAUACCUUCUUCUUUAUUUACUCUUCCAUCAUUACAGAAACUGUUUCUCCAAGGAAAUCAAUUGGUUGGGAAAAUAGACGAGUUCCUCAAUGCGUCCUUUUCAAAUGAUCAUUUAACAGGACCAAUCCCCAAGUCAAUCCUUCAAUUCCCGAGGCUUGAAGAGCUUUAUAUCGGAGACAAUAGCUUUAGUUCCAAGAAGCUUGACAUGUCCUUCCAACUCAACAACUUAAGGGGUCUUGACCUAUCCAAUAUAAGCUUGUUAAUUGAAAGCCACAAAAGUCUUGCUGAAUUUCCCAAACUAGAGAGCUUAGAACUAAGGUCAUGCAACCUUCCUGAAUUUCCAGAAUUCAUCAAAACACAAGACAAGUUGUAUCGGCUAGAUCUUUCAAAUAACACAAUAAGUGGUGCAGCUCCUUACCUUCACCUAUUUGCAAUAUGUCGACUUGAGAACGUCGAUGCAUCUGAUAACAAUUUGAGUGGCCCAAUUCCAAAUUGCUUAGGUAAUCUGAGUACCCUCCAAUAUUUGGAUCUUCAAGGAAAUAACUUCAGUGGAAUCUUACCAAAAUUUUCAAAAGCUUCCCAACUAUGGUUUCUCAAAGUUAGUAAGAACAGAUUAGAAGGGAAGUUGCCAAGAUCAUUGGUUAAGUGCAAUGGACUUGGAGUUUUGGGUGUGGGAAACAACAUGAUGAGUGAUACCUUCCCUUUUUGGUUGGAGAAAUUGCCUGAUUUGGCAGUUCUAAUAUUGCGGGAAAAUAGAUUUUAUGGUCAAAUUAAACAUUUGAAGCAUAAAAUUAGUUUUCCAACUUUAGAUGUGUUAGACAUUGCUUCUAACCAAUUUUCUGGAGAACUAGCCAUUGAUUACCUGAAUGCCACUCAACUAAGAUCGCUCAAGAUCGGUGGGAAUAGAUUGGAAGGGAAGCUGCCAACAUCAUUAGCCAAUUUCAUAAAACUUGAGGUUCUGGACCUUGGAAACAAUAUGAUUCAUGAUACAUUCCCGUUUCGGUUGGAGAAGUUGCCUUCUUUGAAGGUUCUCAUUCUACGAGGCAAUAGAUUUUACGGUUCAAUUGCAAAAUUUGACACUAAACGUGGUUUUCCAAAGCUACGUAUUUUGGACAUUGCUUCCAACAACUUUUCAGGUGACUCGUCCAUUGAAUUUUUGCAGAGUUUGAAGGCAAUGAUGCAGGUGACUGAUGGUGACAAAGCACCGCGGGAGUACAUUGGAGAGGAGUACUAUCAAGACUCUGUGAUGAUUGUCAACAAAGGGAUCAAAAUGGUUUACGAGAAAGUCUUGACCAUUCUUACUUGUCUUGACCUUUCCAACAACAGUUUCCAUGGGAGAAUACAUGAAGAAAUACAAAUUCUCAUGUCACUAAGAAUGCUAAACUUGUCCCACAAUAGCUUGUCUGGAAAAAUCCCAUCAGCACUUGACAACCUAAAAGUCCUUGAGUCCUUGGAUCUCUCACAGAACAAGCUCUCAGGGGAGAUUCCUCCACAGCUUGCAAGUCUAGUCUAA